AUGGCGCGAGAGGCGCUUCCCAGGGCCUCCCGCCGUUUCGGCCUCCCACGGUGUAGAGACUCGCGAGGGCGCUUCCUCUGUCCUUCGCCUCAGUCUCUUUGGGCGGCAGCCGGAACUCUUGGGGGCCCCUCGCCCUCCCUGAGGCGACCGUGCCAGGUAGAGCGGCAGCUGGUGCUGCGGCUCCUGGAGGCGGAGGCGGGCACAGGAAAAGGUUUGGCGGAAGGCGGGGUGGGGGAGCGCGCUUUCCCGUCUCACCUCUUCGCCAGUCAAUGCUGCCGGACUGGUCAAAGACCGCAGUCCCCCAGCUCGUCUUUGGCUAGCCCCGGGCCUAGUUCUGAAACCUCUCGGUGCUAUUCGUCCAAAACACACUCUCCAGAGUCUUCUAAAGAAGAAAAAAAGAAACCAGUUUUGGGGAAAUUUGGAAAUUUUUUCACUACGGGAAGAAGAAAAAAUAGCAAAAAUACUACAGAAUCAUCUUUAAGGCCAAGUGUUAAGUCUGCAAGGUCAGGAUCUCCUCAGAAGAAUACCACUCCAUUGGCAUCAAUAGACGACUUCAAAGAAAUAAGUAAAAGUGAGGAGUGCCUUCUUGAGAAACUUUGCAGCCAUAACCAGCCAGUGAUACAGAAUACUGUUGAAGAGACAGAAGAAUACAUCUACACUAAAGACCUGACACCGCUGUAUAAUGACAUUGUUUCAGAGUGGAAUUCUAAAGGAGCCUUGUCUGACAGUGAAUGGUCACCUGACUGGCAUAGCAGUAGCGAGACAAUAAAAAAUACAUUAUAUGAUAGCAAUCUUACACUCCAGACACCAGAACCAGAAAAAUAUCUCAGCACUGAUGCCACUAAUACCACAACUCCAAUUUUUUUUAGAAGUUUAACAAAUAUAAGUAAUGAGAACCAAGAACAUAGCAUAUUAAAUCAUAAACAGCUGCUGAAUCUGAACCCUUUUGCAGAAUUGGAAGGUGCAGCCACAAAAGAUCAGUCAUCUGUUUUGGAAUCUAAGCCAAGUGAGCGUGCUUACCCUUCUAGAGUGUUGACGUUGGAUAUUUUUCUUCGUAGAACUGAACAUUCAAUUUCUAAUGAAUUUUCAACUGCUUUAUUAGAUGACAACUACAGUAGUGCAAAUGAAAUGGAUAAAAAAUCUGCUGUAAGAAGAUCUGGAAAGAGGAGAAAAUCUCAGUCAUCCGGUGAUAUGCCAAAUGGGGACAGAAAUGCAACUGAGACUUCUGCAAAAGAAGAAACUGUUUUUGAGAGUCUCUCUUCAGAUUUAGUUGCAGAACAGAUAAACAACUCUGAAAGAAAAGUUAAGACAUCUCAACAGAUUACAGCCACAGCUAAUCAUGAGAUGAAAACUGGUAGUAAUCACAAGGGGUGUACUAAAACGGAAAUGGAGAAAAACAAACAGCAGCCGCCAACUUCGUCCCCCUAUAGGAGGAAAUCUUUUAAAAAAAAUCAAGCUGAUGCAGUUCCUCUUUCACCUACUGGCUUGAAGAGUCAAGGGAAAGAUUCAUCCACCAAAAGACAGAUGGAGAGGGCAACGAAUGGUAGCCCAAUGACAAAAAGCUCUUCUGUUGAAAAGCUGUCUUUUGGUGAGAACACUGCAGAAACUUUCAAAGUUGCUUCCAUGGGUGUCUUAGGUAAUGGCACCUCAUCACUAGAUUCUGCUAAUAGCCGUGAUGGAAGUGUUCUGCUACAUGCUGACAAGAACAAAAAUGGUGGAAUGGGAACAACAAAUGGAAAGCAAAUUUCCUCUGAUUUAGACAGCACAAAGUCAAGAAAUACUUGGGAUGUUUCCAGAACAGUUACAACAAAAGUUAACCUACCAGCUAAACCAAAGAAUGUUGAAUUAAACCUUAAAGGUUCUAGAAUCUCAGAAGAUGUGGGAAGUGAGCAGGAUUCUCUGGACAAAGCUGCUAAGAUUAACUUCAAUAUUGCCAAUAAAAUAUCCAUGUUUGAAAGCAAACAUAGCAAUCAAAAUCAACCUACUGAAGUAUCAACUUCAAAGAAAGGUGGUUCUGUAUCAAGUACAUUUGUUGGCAGAGCAAAGCUGAAGUUUGGGAAACAGACUGCUGAAGCUGAACAGACUAACAGAAUAACAAGUAAACCAAACAGUCGCCAGAAGCCACUGCAAAAUGGUGCAAAGUUAAAAGGAGGGUCUUUAGAGACAAAGAUAAAAAAUGAAGAAGGAACUCAAGCAGUCAUUCUAAACAAUGAGGAAGUUAGAAAUAAUGUGGGAUCUCUAUUGAAUCAAAUCGGUAAAGAUAAUAAUGAUGAAGAUGAUCAAGUGAGUGCUUUUGUUCCUAAGAAAUUUGAUUCAGAACUAGCUAAGGACAACUUACUACCAAAAACUACAUCUUUGCACCUGAUUAAAGAAAUGGAAUCCUCCCAAAAUAGUGUAAAUAGGAAAAUGAAUGCCACAUCAGUAUCAUCUGAAAGUGGAGAGGAACUUUGUGUUGAUAGAGAUACUUAUUCCCCUUAUAAAGAUGGUACAAACCUACAGCGAUCUGACUUAGUGCACAAAAAAAAUGAAUUAGAGAACAAUAUGAAUUCUGAGAUUGAUAGUGACGACAAAAAGGGAGGUAUUUCAGAAAGUGUAGGAGUAUUUGAGCAAAAUAGGAAUGGACAGGAAAGUCCAAGCAGUGCUUGUAAUGUCUCUAAAGUAGGCAAUGAUGGCAGCAUUUGUGAUUCUCCUUCAGAUAUGGAAAAGUUUGCUGAAACAAUUAAAAAUCUAGACAGUGCUAUCUGUAUACCUCAGAAAAAGAAAAAGAACAAACUUCCAAAAUCACCUGCACCUCACUUUGCUAUGCCUCCAAUACAUGAGGACAACCUAGAAAAAUUUUUUGAUCCUAAUGUAUUUACAGUUGGCUUGGGAAUAAAAAGGGACAGACCACUAGAUCUAGCCCCAUGCUUACAGCUUAAAUUGCAAAGCCUAGAAACUGAGUCCAAAGUCAGACCAAAACGUGCCUCUGCUGAAAACAGCAUGCUUCUGCAGUCGCUGAAAUCAUCCAACAGAAGAGAUCCUGCAGUUAUUCAGGAAACAAAUGGGAAAGAGAACAUGGAUGGCAUUGAUGGUGACGUUAAGAGAUCUCGACUUGAAAAUAGUGCCAUCUUUUCAAGCCUGCUUUCAACUAAAGAAAAAGUGUUUAUGCCUUCUGUAACCUCUAUAAAUACUAUCACAACAUCAUUUACAUCUCAGAAGAGUGCUGAUUCCGCAGGGAAGACACCUUUAAGAUUUGAUACAGCUCAGCUAUUGGAGUCUCUUCCAGGUUUCAAAGCUCCAAAGUACAUGGAAAAAUAUUUACAAACUCCCGAUGCAAAAAAAGAGAGAAUUUUGCAGAUGCCAAAUUUUGGAAAUACUGAUACCAGUUUUUCAAGCUGGUUGCAGUCUGGCCAAUAUGAACCAAACUUCUCCCCUGGUUUCUUAGAUAUGGAGGCAUUUUCAGGGAAGAACCAAGUUAAAAUUAAUCCCAGACCAGGGAAGAUUGUGAUAUGUAAUAAAUCAGAUCCUGAGAACGUUGUUGAAGUUUUUCAUGAUAUGUCAAAUUGUACUUCUUGGGUGCUGUCACCUGUGAUUUUCAUUAAAGUCAUCAGAGGAUGCUGGAUUCUGUAUGAGAAACCAAACUUUGAAGGGUCUUCCAUUCCACUGGAGGAAGGAGAGUUAGAGCUUACAAAUAUUUGGGGUGAACAACCAUUUGAUGACAAAGAUGAAUGUAAAUCUCCUGAGCCUGUAGUUAUUGGUUCAAUCAGGCAUGUAGUAAAGGAUUAUAGAUUAUGCCGAAUUGACCUAUUUACAGAACCAGGAGGGUUAGGUAUGGUAAAGUCAUACUUUGAUGACACUGAGGAAACACGAAUAAUUGGCGCUGUAGAGAAGACACGUUCUAUGCAAGUGCAUUGGGGCAUGUAA